GAUAGAAGAGCAAAGGAACUAGCAGUCAGGGAGCGACUUACAGGAUGAACUACGGACUCUUAAGAGGAACUAUGGAGUCUUAAGAUGGAUAUACGAGCAUUAAGAGACACAAAGCACAAGAAUGGAAGGAAAGGAGGAAUUCCUGGCAGUUCAUUUUUCACGUGGUUUAUGGUCAUUGCGUUGCUGGGGGUUUGGACAUCAGUAGCUGUCGUCUGGUUUGAGCUUGUCGAUUAUGAGGAAGUUUUAGCCAAAGCAAAGGACUUCCGUUAUAACUUAUCAGAGGUACUGCAAGGAAAGCUAGGCGUCUAUGAUGCUGAUGGUGAUGGAGAUUUUGACGUGGAUGAUGCCAAAGUUUUAUUAGGCCUGACCAAAGAUGGCAGUAAUGAAAAUAUUGAUUCCCUUGAGGAAGUCCUUAAUAUUUUAGCAGAGGAAAGUUCAGAUUGGUUUUAUGGUUUCCUCUCAUUUCUCUAUGAUAUAAUGACUCCUUUUGAAAUGCUAGAAGAAGAAGAAGACGAAAGCGAAACCGCAGAUGGUGUUGAUGAAGGACCUGGUGGGGUAGCCAAGAGAAAAACUAAGGCUAAAGGCCUUAAAGAAAGAUCUGCUUCCAAGCCAGCAGUCCCGCCGGAAGAGGCUGAGCCCUACCCUUGGCUUGAGGAGCUGGUUCCCGAGGGCACAGGACCUCAGCAUAUUGAAGAUGAAGUACAAGAAGAAAUUCAUUCCCCUCUCCAUGAAACAGCAUACACAGAACAUGGAGAAGAUCUUCAACAAGAAGCGGGUGGACCAGCAGGAGAACAGCAACCGGAAGAUGAUUUCCUUGUAGGAGGUGAUGCAGAUGAUACAUUUGAACCUCUGGAAGCUGGAACAUUUCCGGAAGAAACUGAACAUAGUCACCAUGUAGAAGAGACAGCUUCACAGAUCUAUAAACAGGAUAUGGAAGAGAUGAUGUAUGAACAGGAAAAUCCAGAGUCCAUCGAACCAGUAAUAGAUGAUGAAAGACUCUACCAUGAUGAGAUGAGAGAUGACAUAACAUACCAAGACUACGAUCAACAAGCCUAUGAACCAUUGGAAAAUGAAGGGAUAGAAACUUCAGAUAAUGCUGUAGAAGAUUCACACAUAACUUUAGAUGAAGUACGUGUGCCCCCAGCAGAAGAACAGCAGGAGAUACCACCAGAUACUUAAAGCUUCAAAAAGACUGCCCCCACUACCAGGAGGACCAGGCUAACCAUACGCUCCAAAAGAUGGCUGUGAUAGAUCUUGUGAAGUAAUUACUGAACAGACCAAGAUCUUUGGGAAUGAACACUAAAGAUAUUUUGAAUGAAUCAUAGUCCACUGGCAUUGCAGUGUAUUUUUUUUUUUUUUAGAAACAAAAAUUUCACGUGAUGUUACAUUCCUGCAUGUCUUUUUUUGAUAGCAUUAGUGAAUCCAUUGCAUUUCUUUUGUGUGUAUGUGUGUGACACAGCUUUUCAUCCUACCCGCAUUGAUGUGUGUUUUCCAGACAACAUUUUAUACUUAUAUUGAUGAUGUAGCAGCAAUUGUCUUGGCAGGGUUUUAAUAUAUACUAUUAGGAAUUAACACUAACUGUGUUGGACUGACUUGUGCAAACUGCGUUCAACAGGAUUUAAAGCCACUAGGAGUACUUUGCAUUAGCUCUCUUAAAGACACUAAUAGAGAUCAUCGUUAGCUGUGAAGAUUUGAGUUGUAUAUAUCUGCACUGAUAUCCUUAAAAAAAUGUCUCCAUUAGCUUUGAGUAUUCAGGGUGAAACUCAAAAUUUGAGGUUCCUGUAGCUUUUAGCUCGUUAAAUAGAAUAAAUAGUAAUAUUUCAGUGAAUGUUUUAAAUUAUCAUGGUUAACUUAUUUCUCAGAAAGAGAGGGAAAAACUAAAAUUCCUUGUUAGGGCCUAGAAAAAAGGAGUGGCCUGCUAUAUCAUGCAAAAAUGCUUUUUGGCGCCUCAGAUUAAUCACGUAAUAGCUGUCGUCCAUUCAGUAUUUGUUUAAGUUUUAGGGAAUCUAUAUAAAUUACCGGGGCAUACCUUACAGAUUGUUCUGCCUUUGGCUGAUUAUGCAAUGCCCUCACCACUCAAGAAAGCACAGAGGUCUUACUAAAUAGUCAGUAUUGCCUCGAGCUGGGUUGAUUUAGGAUGUGUGAAAAGCGCUCACAGAGCCAGAUGCCUGCUGCUAGUUCACAGCGAAUGAGCCUUGUCCUUUCCACACGGAAGAGUUUCUUCUGUUUUUAAUGUGGUUUAUUUGUGGCUCAGAAAUAGUUGCUGUGGUGAAAAUACUCGUUAGCAAAGAAGGUAGCUACAGCAUCCUUUGGAAAGGCCCAUGAGCUAUAUGAAAAAGCCAUAAGAAGCCGGCCGUUUCAUUUAUGUGUCAGGAGUAGCUCUUGAUUAUGUUAAUGUUGUUUUAAGAUAAGGUGACGUUUUUCCUGCUUUUAGGGUUAAAAUCAAAGAGAGUUUAUAUUUUUGUCAUUAUAGAUCAUAGUUAUAAUGUAGUAAGUUAAGCAUGCCGACCUGGUGUGUAGUGAAAUCCCUAAUAAUAAAUAAGAAAAGCAAUAAUUUUCUAAAGCUGUGAUAUGGGUAAUACAGAGUUGCUUCUCAGAUUCCAAUAAAGCUCUUAAUUCAUAUUGUGAAUUAUGGAACACUACUUUUUAUAAAGCCAUAUUUUUUUAAGGACGCUUAGGAGUGACAUGGAACAGAUAAAUGAGUAAAAUAAAUUCUGCUAGAUUUUUGUAUGUAAUCAUCUCUAGAACUGUAGAAAUACAGGAUUCAUUAUGCUGUGGUCAACUUCAAAUACUUUUUAAUUCCAAAUCUCUGAAUUUAUGAGCCUUGCCUUUACAAAUGUAUGCCAAGCGGGCAACAUCAGUGGAUUUUCUAAAAGUAAUGUAAAUGUCUUUUGUUUAAUGUUAUUUGAGUGCAAUAAAAUGCAGACGAUUUCUUCUCUAU